AUGGAAUUCUUCUUGCUUGGCUUUGGAGACCUUCAUGGCUUAAAAUAUUUUUGUUUUACCUUGUUCUUGCUCCUCUACCUCAUGGCAUUAACGGUGAACCUUCUGGUUAUUAUUCUGGUUGUUGUCACCGAAGCUCUUCAUUGCCCUAUGUAUUUCUUCCUCAGCCAACUGUCUUCAUCUGAAAUCUUAUUUACCACAAACAUUGUUCCCAACCUGCUCCGACUUGUUUUGUUUGGGGGAGGAAACGUGUCGGUAUCUGGAUGCAGAGUUCAGUUUUUUGUCUUAUGUGUCCCCACCGUUACCCAGUGUAUCCUUCUAGCCGCCAUGUCCUUUGAUCGCCAUGCCGCUAUUAGUAACCCCCUGCAUUAUACAUCUAUUGUCACCUUCAAAGUGCAACUACAUGUUGUCAUCUUCUGUUGGUCCUCUAGUUUCAUGAUGUCUCUCCUAGUUUUUACCUUCUUCAGUCAACUGCAGUUCUGUCGUUCCAACAUCAUCAACCAUUUCUACUGUGAUAUUUCCCCUGUCAUGGAACUUUCCUGCUCAGAUACUUCCACCUUGGAACUGGUCACCUCCCUGGCUUCUACACUUGUAAUAGUUUCCCCCUGUUUCUUCAUUAUCGGCACUUACAUCUCCAUCAUUGUCACCAUCACCAGGAUCCCCUCCAAAUGUGGAAGACAAAAAGCCUUCUCCACCUGCAGCUCCCACCUGGCAGUUGUGUGUAUGUAUUAUGGGACCCUAAUAUCAAUUUAUAUAUAUCCACCUGGAAAUCAUUCAGUCAAUGCAAAUAAGUUUCUCUCAUUAUUGUACACAUUUGUGACCCCAUUAUUUAACCCCAUCAUUUACUGCUUGAGAAAUCAGGAUAUUAGAAGCACCAUGCGAAAAUAUAUAAAUAUUUGGGGGAAUAGGAUUGAAUAUUUAGAAUGUCAUAGGAAAUAGCAAUACCAGAUCUUCUUUGUACCAGAUCUUCUCAAUACCAGACCUUCUCUGUACCCGACCUUCUCAAUACCAGACCUUCUCUGUACCCGACCUUGUCAAUACCAGACCAUCUCUUUACCAGACCUUCUCUGUACCAGACCUUCUCAAUACCAGACCUUUUCUGUACCAGACCUUCUCAAUACCAGACCUUCUCUGUACCAGACCUUCUCUGUACCAGACCUUCUCUGUACCAGACCUUCUCAAUACCAGACCUUCUCUGGACCAGACCUCCUCAAUACUAGACCUUCUCAAUACCAGACCUUCUCAAUACCAGACCUUCUCUGGACCAGACCUCCUCAAUACCAGACCUUCUAACUUUUACUGUGUUUGAGUUGUUUUUUCACAUUUUUACUGCAUAUUUAUUAUUAUUUCUACACAUAUGUAGGAUUAUAUUAUAUAUAGAAUUUCAAACUUUCAUGUCAUCUUGAAA